AUGACAUCAGCAUCAAAGCAACUCACUCGGCCAUGGCUGACUGGGGAUGAAAACGGCGUGUUUACAGAGGAAGAUGGCCGCGUCCAAGUCGACUGCAACUCCAAGCUGGCACGCGCCUUCAGCGUCAUGUACCGCAUGAGCAAGGCCGAAAAGGGGGACAACCAGCCGCCCAGAACACCGUCCCCUAGCCCCUCGUCGCCGCCGCCGCCGUACGAUGGACUCCGCGGAGGACCCGCGCAGAAGGACCCGACCCGGCUGAACGUCGUGAUCCAGGUCGUCGGCAGCCGCGGGGACGUCCAGCCCUUCGUCGCGCUGGGCGCCGAGCUCAAACGACGCGGCCACCGCGUCCGGCUGGCGACCCACGACGUCUUUGACAAGUUCGUCCGGGACGCCGGCCUGGAGCACUACGGCGUCGGGGGCGACCCGGCCGCCCUGAUGGCGUACAUGGUCAAGAACCCGGGCCUGAUCCCCAGCAUGAAGAGCCUGAAGGCGGGCGAGAUCCGGCAGAAGCGCGAGAUGGUCGAGGAGAUGCUCGACGGGUUCUGGGACGCCUGCACCAGGCCGGACGCGGCGACGGGUCGGCCGUUCGUGGCGGACGCCAUCAUCGCGAACCCGCCCAGCUUCGCCCACGUCCACUACGCCCAGGCGCUCGGCAUCCCGGUGCACCUGAUGUUCACGAUGCCGUGGACAAGCACGGCGGCGUUCCCCCAUCCGCUGGCGAACCUGCAGAAUGUCGGAGGCGACCAUGCCGUGGCCAACUACGUUUCCUACGGCGUUGUCGAGCACUUGACAUGGCAGGGGCUGGGCGAUGUGAUCAACAAGUGGCGAGGCCGGCUCGACUUGGAGCCUGUAGCCAUGUUCGACGGCCCCAUGCUUGCGGAAGCGUUAAAGAUCCCCUUUACCUACUGCUGGUCCCCGGCUCUCGUCCCUAAGCCGAGGGACUGGGGAACACACAUAGACGUUUGCGGCUUCUUCUUCCGCGACGCGCCAACAUACUCCCCACCGGAAGACCUGGCCCGGUUCCUCGCCGCGGGGCCGCCGCCGGUGUACAUCGGGUUCGGAAGCAUCGUGCUGGACGACCCGCAGCGCGUGGUCAAAACGAUCCUCGGCGCCGUGGACGCCGCGGGGGUCCGGGCCAUCAUCUCCAAGGGCUGGUCGGACCUGGCCGGCUCCGGGAGCGAUUCCGUCUACUGGAUCGGCGACUGCCCGCACGAGUGGCUGUUUCAGCACGUCGCGGCCGUCGUGCACCACGGGGGCGCCGGUACGACGGCUUGCGGGCUGAGGAACGGCAAGCCGACCACCAUCGUCCCCUUCUUCGGAGACCAGCCGUUCUGGGGUGACAUGGUGGCCGACGCGGGCGCCGGCCCAAGGCCCAUCCCUCACAAGCAGCUGACUCCGGAAAAGCUCACGGCCGCCAUUCAGUACUGCCUUUCAGACCGGGCCGUGGCCGCGGCACAGGGGAUCGCCGCGCGGAUGCGGUCCGAAGGGGGCGUCCAGGCCGCGGCGGACUCGUGGUGGAAACAGCUGCCCCUGACGCGCAUGCAGUGCGACCUCGUCCCGAGUCAGGCGGCCGCGUGGUCCUACACCAAGUCCAAGGUGCCGAUGAAGCUGUCAAAGGCGGCUGCCGAGGUCCUCCUGCUUCAUGAGGCAGUGCAGCAGAAGCAUCUCUCCAUGCACGAGAGCAAACCCAUCACGAUGGACGUCACCCGCUGGGACCCCAUCACCGGAGGCGCGUCCGCCGUCCUGGCCACGGCCACGGACAUGACAGGGUCCAUCACGGGCAUGGUGACGAGGCCGAUCGAGGAGUACAAGGACGAGAAGCGUCGUCGGACGAGGGAGGAGCUCCGGAUAAGACGUCAGCUCGACGGCGGCGGCGGCGGGAGCGGUGACGGCAGUCCCCGGGAUAGCGUCUCCUCGACCGGCCGAGCGGACGGCGGCAGCGACCCGAGCGAGAAGCAGAAACGGCCGUCGAUGGCGGGCAAGGUGGCUGGCGCGUCGGCCAAGAGCAUCGGGCUCGUGGGGCCGACCGCCGCCAAGGGCAUGCUGGUCGACUUCCCGCUCGCCCUCACCGAGGGCCUGAGGGCGGUGCCGAAGCACUUGGGCACCGCCGUCCGCGACCACGGCGCCGUCACGGACGCCAAGAGCGGCGCCGUCGUGGCGGGCAAGACGUUCGCGUGGGGCUUCGUCGACGGCCUCAGCGACCUCGUCAUGGAGCCGGUCCGGGGCGCCGGCAACGGCGGGGGCGCCCUCGGGGCCUUCAAGGGGGUCGGCAAGGGCGCCGCGAGCCUGGUGGCCAAGAGCGGCGCCGGCAUGUUCGGCCUGUUCGCCUACCCGAGCGCCGGCAUCGCCAAGAGCCUGAGGUCGGCCGUCUACAGCGGGACGAGGAAGGCCAUAGCCAAGGAGAGACACCGUGAGGGACAGUGGCUUGUCAGCGGUGAUGAUGCGGCGCCGGCUUUGGACUUGGACGCCGGGGAGAUACUCGCCGCGUUCCACAGGCUCCGUGGCUCGGAAAGAUGA